AUGGGGCUUGGAAGUGUACGGCUAGCGAGAUCAUUCGCGUUAUUCUCGCUGCUGGCGACGCUUGCAAUGAUCGUGAUGCUGGUAACUGGAGCUGCGGCGCUGGAUGCAUGUCCUGACGACGAUUCUCUGAAGGCCGCUCAAGCAGCUGAGGCUGCUAAGGCUGAUGCUGAAAAGGCCAACGCGAUAGCCCAGCAGAGGGAGAAAGACGCAGAGGCAGCUCAAGCACGGGCUGACAAAAAGGCAAGAGAAGCCAAGAAUUCUAGGGGUGGGACGAGCGGGAAGAAGAGGCGGGAGGAGGCGAAGCAAGCGCAGAAAGACGCAAACACUGCGAGGGCUAGAGCAGACCAGGCGAGAGAGGAGGCAGAUGGGAAAGAGGAAGCUGCUGCGGAGGCUGCGAACGCAGUGGAGGAGAAGCGGCAGGAGCUUGUGGAUGAAGCAGAGAGGAGCAAACCGGAGCUAGAGGAUAAGAAGAGGCGGGGGACGGCCCGGAAGAAUGCAGCUCGGGCCGAGCGGGAUGCAGCCAAGGAGCAAAAGGAGGAGAAGAAGAGGACGUUUAGAGAGAGGGUGGCUGCGGCCCGGCUUGCCCAGAUGGCUGAAAAGGCCAGCGCUGCCGCGGCUGCUGCGGCAGAGAAGCAGGCUGCAGCGGAUAAAGCACUGGAGGCUAAGCAACAGGCGGAUGCUGAGGUGGAUCGGCUGGUUUUAGCUAAGAGUCAGGCGGAGGAUGCGGCGAGGGAGGCAGGGGAAGCGCAGGCUGCAGCGGAGGCGGCGGCACGGGAGGCGGUGGACGCCGGUGAUGAGAGGUUGAGUGCGGUGAAGUGGGCUGAAGCCGCGGAUGCGCUGGGGUUGAAGUGGGAGAAGCAGACGGAGGUGGAGCAAGUGAAGCGGGCGUUGGUUGCGGCUAAGGCGGCAGCAAAGUUAGCUGCCAAGGAGGCUGUGGUGAGGCAGCAGGCGGCUGCUCGAGCGGCGAGUGAGGCGCAGAAAGUGGGUGACAAAGUGGGUGGGGGUGGUGCAGGUGGUGGAACAGGUGGUGAUGCUGGUGGUGAUAGUGGUGGUGAUUCUGGUGGUGAUGCUGGUGGUGAUGGUAGUUCUACUGAUCCAGGAGCCACGGAUGCUCUGGGGUUGAAGUGGGAGAAGCAGACGGAGGUGGAGCAAGUGAAGCGGGUGUUGGUUGCGGCCAAGGCGGCAGCAAAGUUAGCUGCCAAGGAGGCUGUGGUGAGGCAGCAGGCGGCUGCUCGAGCGGCGAGUGAGGCGCAGAAAGUGGGUGACAAAGUGGGUGGGGGUGGGGAGAGUGGUGGCACUGGUGGUGAUGGUGGUGGUGGUGGUGGAGGUGAUGUGGUGUUAGUGGUAGUGAUGCUGGCGGUGAUGGUGGGUCUACUGAUUCAGGAAGUGGCACAAGCGAGGGUGGGUCUACAGACACGAGUGGUACUACCAGUGCAGGAUUAA